AUGUUAAUAUUAUCAAUUUUAAUAUUACUGCUCGUAUAUGUUGGAUUUAGAUUCUGCAUUCGUUCGAAAUACAACAAAAAAUACAACAUGCUUGUAUUAUUCGGAUCUGGUGGACAUACUUAUGAAAUGCUGAUGAGUUUGAAGAAUUAUGAUUUCCAAAGAAAAUGUCAGAAUUUAUAUUUUAUGCAUUCCUUCGCUGAUUCAUAGGAACCAGGAAGAGUGGCUAAGUUUAUUGAAGACAAUAAGGUAUAUAGACUCAAUAAAAUAAAAAGAUUGCUUUACCAAAAGUGGAAUGGAUUACUAUUCACAGAAGUAGAAAAGUCAAAUAAUCAUAUCUGUCUUCAAUAAUCACAACAAUCAAGGCAACACUGCAUACAUUCUUGAUAUUAUUGAGAUUCAGAGAUCUGGAUAUCUUUAUUACUAAUGGUCCAGGGACAUGCAUUCCAGUUGUGAUUGUUUUAUUUGCACAAUAUGUAAUGGAUAAAUAUUAUCCUAGUUAUUAUUUAUUAGAAAAAGAUGCAAGAUUUUGUUUAUUGAGAGUUGGUGCAGAGUGGAAAAUUUAUCUUUGAGCGGAAAACUAUUAUAUUGGGUUAGUGAUAAGUUUGUAGUGAAUUGGGAAUCUUUGAGUAAGAAAUACAGAAGAGCUACUUUUGUUGGUAAUUUAAUUUGAGUAUAAUAAUUAAAUUGCUGGAUGGCAU